GCACUACAUCUUGGAAGUUUUCAAGAAUGGUCCACUCACGAAAAAUGAUGCUUCAAUCUCUUUAAGGAGAAAUAAAUCACUAGAAAACCUUCAUUAUCUUUAGAAAAAUACUACCCAAAUUAAAUUAUGGAAUUUGGUGUUAUCACAGCAAGCUUUGUUCUUGUUUCUGCACUUGCAGUUACACUUCAAGUCUUCUUCUUCUCCCCAAUAUCUCCAGACAUACUUGAAUUACCUCCCGAACAUUCUACACGCCUUUUCGCCCCGAACAAUCACUUACAGGGAGUAGUUAAGUUAGGGGAAGGAAUACUGAACCAACCCGAAGGUCUGUGUGUGGACCAAAAGGGGAUGCUGUAUACUGCUACCCGAGACGGAUGGAUCAAAAGAUUGCAUACCAACGGGACGUGUGAAAACUGGAAGAAGAUACAUAACAAAGAUACUUUACUUGGUUUGACGGUCACAAGAGCGGGUGAUCUUGUCGUGUGUGACACCGACGAGGGUUUGAUCAAGGUUAGUGAAGAUGGUGUAGUGACCGCUUUAGCGACUCAUGUGAACGGUGAAAAUAUAUGGUUUGCGGAUGAUGUUGUCGAAGCGGGUGAUGGGAGCUUAUACUUUAGUGUUGCAAGCACUAAAUUUGGGUUGCAUAAUUGGCACCUUGAUGUGCUGGAAGCUAAACCACAUGGGCAGCUUCUAAAAUACGACCCGGUUACAAUGGGAACGUCGUUGGUGCUUGAUGGGCUCGGGUUUGCUAAUGGGGUAGCCGUGUCCUCGGACCAAGAGUUUUUGGUGGUAUGUGAAUCAUGGAAAUUUAGGUGCCUAAAGUACUGGUUAAAGGAGGAAAUGCGAGGAAAAGUUGACGUUUUUAUCGACAAUCUUCCUGGUUGUCCUGACAAUAUUAACCUUGCUCCAGAUGGGUCAUUUUGGAUAGCUAUACUUCAGCUGACCUCAAGCAGGAUGAAAUUCGUGCAUUCUUCGAAAGCGAUUAAACACGUUUUGGCAACGUUUCCAAAGCUGUAUGAACGAGUUAGAGCAGUUGACAGAAGCGCGAUGGCAAUCAAUGUGGGGAGUGACGGAAAGAUUAUCAAGCGAUUAGAUGAUCCUACUGGAGAAGUGAUGGCAUUUGUUACUUCGGUCUUGGAGUUCGAUGGAAAGCUUUACUUUGGAAGUUUAAAAAAUAAUUUCGUAGGCGUGUUACCGAUAAAAACUUCCGCCUGAAGAAGUAUGGUUUUAACUGUAUUGAGUAGUACUAAUAUGGCAGACAGAUGUAGUGAGGAUCUUGCAUACCAAAGAUUGUAAACCAUUGAAGUAUGCUUCUUUGAUCCGGUUACUUAUUAAAACUAUAUAUGUUGACGUCACCAGGGGCGAUGCUUUGAAGGGGCGGGGGGCGCCCGACCCCCCGAACUUUUCGCCCAGUAGUGUUAUAUAUGUAGUUUUCGUAUAUACAUUUUUGGAUAUAUACGUUUUCGACC